UGUGUUUUUCUAUCACUGCAGCAUCAGCAGAGAGGAGAGAGGUGCACAAUCAAUUUCACAGUCGAGACGAAGGAAAGACUGAAGUAGAUAAGGAAGAGAAGAAGGAAAGGAGUUGCCGGAGGAAAGGAGCAUCCGUGGAGACAGGAGACCAGCAGGAGGGCGUGGACCUUGGAAGGAGACAGGGGGAAAAAAAGGAGAGGAUACCAAAGAGGGUCAAAGACGCACAAGGCAGAGACACAGCCUAACACUUGUGUAGCACCAGUGUGUGAGGUUGCCCUCUGUGUGCAUUUUACUGUGUGCACGUGAGCAGGUGGGACUUUGAUGGGACAGUGAGCAAUGCCUCACAUGCAGCGACAGCAGGUUGGCAGUAGGGGGCAGUGCUCCCCUCACCUUCUCCUCCCUCUCCUCCUCCCCCUCCUCCUUCUAUCCCUUGCUGCCCAGCCCAGUCGAGCAGCCAUACACAUACCCUCCACCUACCACAUAAGUGAUCUCAAGAGGCCUCCGGUGAUCACCACACAACCAGAGUCUGUCACCGUCUUCAGCGUUGAAGACCUCGUCAUGAACUGUGAAGCCACAGGAAACCCUCCACCCAUUUUCCAAUGGACAAAGGAUGGAGAGAAGUUUCAACCAGGCAGCGACCCGGAGUUAAAGGUUACUGAGUCCACUGGCUUAUUCGCAUUCUACACGCUCAGUAACACCGUGGAGACUCUGAAGCAGUACCAAGGCAAAUAUGUCUGCUACGCAUCCAACGAUCUGGGGACUGCCGUCUCUAACGAGGCCGUACUCACCACUGAUGUUCUUCCGACCUUGCAGAGGGAAAAAAAGGUUGAUGUGAAGUCUGAACAGGGAAACAGUGUAGUUCUGAAGUGUAAUCCCCCGCAGAGCUCUAUGGAGCCCAUCAUUCACUGGAUGGACUGGAGGCUACACCAUAUUCAGCUUAGCCCACGAGUGGUGGUCGGGAAGGAUGGCAACCUGUACUUUGCCCAUUUGACAGCUGAGGACAGCAGGGACGACUAUAUCUGUAAUGUCCAGUAUCUGGCAACGCGCACCAUUCUGGCAAAGGAACCCAUCUCUCUGUCUGCCCUCUCUUCCAACUCAGUAGUACGGAACAAGAGGCCCCAGAUGAUGAGACCUACAGGAAGCCAUAGCACUUACCACGCCCUCAGGGGCCAGACCAUAGAGCUUGAGUGCAUCGUCCAAGGCCUUCCAACUCCUGAUGUGCUGUGGCUGAGGAAAGACGGUGAAUUGUCUGAAUCUCGAACUGCAAAAGACAUGUUUGACCGCCGCCUGCGCUUCACUAACAUCUCAGAGAGCGACGCGGGAGAGUACCAGUGUAGAGCCAACAACUCACAGGGAAAGAUCACACACACCUACACUGUGAUUGUGGAAGCUGCUCCCUACUGGACUAAGGAGCCGGUCAGUCAGUUAUAUGCCCCGGGUGAGACUGUGAGACUGGACUGCCAGGCUGACGGUAUCCCCUCCCCUGUCAUCACCUGGACUAUCAAUGGGAACCCCAUCACAGCAACCAAGGACUCUCGACACACUCUGACAGCAAGCGGAUCUCUAAUCCUACAUGAUGUCCACUUCAGAGACACUGCCAUAUACCAGUGUCAGGCCUCUAACAAACAUGGAGCCAUUCUCACCAACACCAAUGUUUAUGUCAUCGAGUUGCCUCCACAGAUCCUUACUGAAGACAGGAAUGCAUAUACAUAUACAGAGGGCAAGACCGCUUUGCUGGAGUGUGAAACCUUUGGUUCUCCUAAACCUAAUGUCAUAUGGGAGAGUGGCAGCAUCCCCAUCCUUGCAGAUCCAAGAGUUAACCCACUCACAAAUGGAGGGCUUGAGAUCUCUAAUCUCACCCAUGAUGAUGAGGGCUUCUACACCUGCUCUGUAGUGAACACCAACCUGUCGAUCACUGCAGAGCUGGAGGUGCUCAACAGGACAGUGAUCCUGUCACUACCACAAUCUCUGAAGGUGCAGCAAGGACACACGGCAAUCUUCACGUGUCUGCCACAAGUCGACCCCAGACUUGACACUCCACUUAUUCAGUGGAGAAAGAACAAUCAGAAGCUGUUUCAGUCCCACAUUGACGCAAAAUACACAUUUGAAGGACCAGACCUGAUAAUAGCUAAUGUGGAACCAGGUGAUGAGGGCGUGUACACCUGUCAGGUCAUCACUAAGAAGGACAUGGCUGAAGCAAGUGGCACCCUCACUUUAUGUGAUCGUCCAGAUCCUCCUAUCCGGCUUGAAAUCACUGAGUCUAAACUUCGUACCGCCACACUCACCUGGACUCCUGGAGAUGACCACAACAGUCCUGUGCUAGAGUUUGUGAUUGAGUUUGAGGACCAAGGUUCGAAGGAGAAGGGCUGGGAACCACUGAUGAGAGUAAGAGGUAACCAAGAGCAGGCUAGCCUCAGUUUGUGGCCCUACAUGUCCUACCGUUUCCGUGUCACUGCCAUCAAUGAUUUUGGCAAGAGUGACCCCAGCAAGCCCUCUGAAAUACACAACACACUUGCGGAAGCUCCAGACAAUAACCCUGAAGAUGUCAGAAGUGAGUCCAUAGACCCAGACUCUCUGGUCAUCACCUGGGAGGAAAUGAGCAAACGCGACUUCAACGGACCUGACUUCAAGUACAGGGUGUUGUGGAGGCGAGUGGUGGGCAGUGGGCCCAAGUGGAACAUCAACUAUACAACGACAACACCAUUCAUUGUCAAUGACAUUGGCAACUUCUCUGCCUUUGAGUUGAAAGUUCAGGCUGUCAAUGAUAAAGGAGCGGGACCUGAGCCAGACCCAUUUAUCGGCUACUCAGGGGAAGAUGUUCCGUCGGAGGCUCCCAUGGAUGUAGGUGUUGUGAUACUUAACAGCACAACCAUCAGAGUGACAUGGGCACCAAUAGAAAGAGAGACGGUCAGAGGACACCUGCUUGGGUACAAGAUCUACUUGACCAGGACUGGUUCCAGGGGUCACCACAGAGGCCGCAGGGCAAAGGAGUCAGAAAACACCAUAGUGGUGGAGACUGAGGCCAAUGAGGAGAAGAGGAUGAUCACCGACCUCCGACCGUUCUCCCACUAUACCCUGGGAGUCACUGUAUUCAACAGCAAGGGAGAGGGACCUGCCUCUGAGAUGCUGGCCUUUAAGACCCAUGAGGGAGUUCCUGGUCCUCCCUUGUCCCUGACGUUGGACAGCCCAUCAGAGACAGAAAUGACUCUUCACUGGACACCUCCUGACCAGCCCAAUGGAAUCCUUAGUGGAUAUCUACUGCAAUACCAACGGAUUGUGGAGACUGAUGACAGCCCCAUGCAAGUAGUGACAAUAGUGGAUCCAACAGUCACCCAUCUCACCCUGACGAACCUGGACCGUCACAGCCAUUACCAGUUCUACCUGAGGGGGCGCACUUCUACUGGGGAUGGAGAGCCUAUAUUUAGGGAGGGUGCCACCACACUGGAUGGAGGGCCUCCUACAAACUUCAGCCUGUCUGUGGGGGAAAACUCAGUGAACCUCAGCUGGGUAGCCAAAAAGAGACACAGGAAUGUUAACUUCCAGAUCCACUACCUCAAAAAAAAGGUUGACAGUAAAUGGAAGAAGACAGAGGAGGUGAACUCCUCUCAGUCUUUCUACCAACUCCAGGGUCUGAGUCCUGGCUCUCAUUACCGUCUACUCUUCAUCUACAGCAACAAAACCUACUGGGAGACAGACAUUGAGACAGAAGGAACAGAAGUGACAGAGAUACAGCAAAGCUUCGCAACACAAGGCUGGUUUAUUGGUGUUGUGAGCGCCAUCGCGCUGUUGCUGCUGAUACUGCUCAUCCUCUGCUUCGUCAAGAGGAGCAAAGGGGGGAAGUACUCAGUGAAAGAUAAAGAAGAAGGCCCCAUGGAUUCAGAGGCGCGGCCUAUGAAAGACGAGACUUUUGGAGAGUACAGAUCUCUAGAAAGUGAUCUUGAGGAAAAGCGCACGGCCAGCCAGCCGUCCCUGUGCGAGGAGAGUAAACUGUGCAGCGUGGACAACCUUGACUUCAAUGGCAGCAGUGCCAUAACCACAGAGCUCAACAUGGAUGAGUCUCUGGUCAGCCAACUCAGUCGUCCCAGCGAGGGUCCAGACAGCUCGCCACUCAACCCCACCACCGUCCCCCCGGCCAACAAUGGCAUGACCAACUCAGUUACCAUUCUCGAUUAACCCCCACACAACCAUAGGGGACCACCAGACCAAAACAUGUCAACACAUAUGUGCCCAUAUGCUCUUGUUCCUUAAUGACUUGCUGAUCCCUACUCUGACGACUGUACAACACAAUCAAUAUAUUGACUAUUCAGAUGGCCCUGCAGUCAUCUGAUCGACUGAGACUAUUUUGACCAAAGGAGUGUCCAAAGUAGUGGACAAUGUGAAACAAUUGUGACUGACCUGAAGAUGUCCUUUGACCCCCUCAUCCUCGUUUAUCUGUGUAGUGUACAACAAAUUCAAAUGACUAACACUCACUUCCUCCCCCUUCUUCUCUUUCCUUCGCUCUCUGCAACUAACUCUGUAGAAGGAUAAAGACAGAAUGAUGUACAGACAGAAAUAUCUGAGGGACCGUCGGUGUGGUCCUAUAGAUGAUGUGUGGUCCCAUAGAAAUGCAGAAUCGUAAUGAAAGAGGGUGUUGGUGUGUUGAGAAUCAGACAGCACAUGCUGCUGUAACACAUCAUGAAACUUGGAUAUUUAUCAUGUCGUGACUUACUUUAUGUUACACAUGUCUAAGGCCAUUUAAUGCCUCAGAUUGUACUGGACAUUUUUCUUUUUUUUUUUAUGUGUUUGAAAACAAGAGAACUUCAUUUCUUGUCAUCAGGUAUUUUUUAUAUUUUAUCACCUUCCUGCCAUGUUAUGUUCCACAUUAUUUACAUAAAGGUCACGACUUCUCUGUAUUGGCAUAAUUCAUAGAUCAAGAUGUUUUCAUUGAAACUAAGUGAAGCCAAGUUUCUUACUAUAAAUAACAUUGGAUGCAUUACGGGGAACUUGCUGUGAAGAUGCUGAGUAGCAUCUGGUGUAUAUAGCUGCAUCUACAUCUAUCUACUUAGCCAUAAUACAGUAUUAUUAUGUACAUGCUCCUUAUAUGUUCCUGUGCCUGCUGGGUCUGCAUAGAGCACCAGAGUGAUGUCAUUACUCGCCUUCCUACCAGAAGUGUAAUGCCAUUAUUGGAAAUGAUAUUGUAAUUUUUUGUGUCAAGACCUAUGUGUAGCUUUCUGUAUCUGUCUUUGUCUCUUUCUACACUGUAUUAAAACAUUGCUGUCUCUAAUUACCAACCUUUUCUUACCUAUUCAUCUCAUACCAGGCAACAUGUGUGAGGAGCAGUAUUUAUUUUGUACCACAGAUAAGAGAGCGGAGUCUUGUGGGAAAACACCAUCAAGCUCUAUUUUCAGUCCUUAAUUAAUGCGAGCUGGUGUUACAGACAGGUUUGAUGAUUGCUAGUUGGUGUUCAAAAGAGGCGCUCAGUUGUUAGAUCAAACACAGAGAAUGUAUUCUUUUUAGGGCUGGUAGUAAUUGUUUCUAUGUGCUACUGAUGACUGGAGAGCUUGAGAUAAUAGGUACUAGAGUGACUAUGAGAAAGCCUGAAAGGAACGUUGUUUUCCCCAUUGAAUGUAAAUAUAACCCCUAAAAGAUUGUUCUUAUGAACCCAACGAUGUUUGCUAAAAAUGUGAAAAAAAAGUGCAGUUUUAAAUAACUUAAAAUGUUGCAAUCUGUCAUUUUUCUUCUUCGUACUAUUGCUCUGAAUUCAACUUUUCCAUCUUUGACAAAAGACUGCAGUGAGAUUUGGCUGUUUUAGCAAAAAUAGUUGAGGUAUAAAAAAUGAAAAGGGAAAAAUAUCCACAUUGUUCUCCAGUCAUUUUUGAAAAUCGGAAAAAUGUACAUUAGUGUCAUUUAGUGAUAGAGGUAUAGUUACAUUUCAAUAAAAGCUAGGAGUGCUUUCCUGCACAUAACCAUCCAUCAAUGCAUUGCAGUGCAGUGAAUAUCUGUGGAGUUUUUGUCAGAAGCAGUUAUGAAAGGCAGGGAUGCAGCGAGCCAGGUUGUGCACACCACAGGGAGCAUGCACAUGCAACGUUGCUGUUCUCAUUUGUCCCGUUUCAAAUAAAAUCUUGACACUGGCCAAAUAUUACCUGGCAGUCCCUGAGGUAAAGGUAAUGGGAUGUCUAAAAUGACCAGUGACAGAUUCGGUGUGUGCACGCUCCCUGUUGUUGGUUAUACACACACACACACACACACACACACACACACUCAGGACAAAUAAAGGUUUUAAAACAUUUAUUUUCAUACAGGAAUGAUGGAUGACAAAAUAUGCCAAUAUUCUAACUGCUGCUAAACAUCUGUGUUUGUCAGUGUUCAGAGCAAAUGUUAGCUUUGAAUGAGGAAUGAGUGUACACACACACACACACACACACACACACACACACACAGAUACUCACUCAACUGCCACUCACUCUUUGCUUUUUAUGUAUUGAGGGGGAAACAUGAGGACACUGGCUUUUGCUUUCCUCCAUUGUUUUCCCCUAUUUUUUGUAAUUAAAUGACAAAACAUUUAAAAAAAAAGAAAAGUGAAUGGGUUUGUUUAGAGAUGCCUCUUGAUAAUUCAGAAAAACAGACUUAACAACAACGAAAAUGGGGGAGGGAGGAGGGAUAUGGGGUUGGAGGGUGUCCCUGCUGGAGUGUAAAUGUGCCACUUUGUGGUAUGUGGGAUGCUUAAUAGUUGAGUGGACUUGUACCACGUGUGGGGCCAACAUAACUGUACCUGCAUUAUGAUUCUACCACUGUAACUGAAUAUAUGACUGAAAAUAAAGUACAUGGAACAAUGUG